CUGAACGCAUGGACUGCAGCAACUUCAAAUAAAAACCUUCCUACCCUUGAUUUCGAAUAUACGGAGCCGACAGAGCAUCGUAUGGCUAACUGGGCUUUCUACUCGCCUGUUCGUCCGUCCACAUUUUUGCUUGUUCGUCCGCCCGUCUGUGAGUUUGGUUGUCUGACUGUCCUGUUUAAUUGUCGGCCUUGA